GCAUAGACUUUGCAGCAUGAAGACUACUAUUCAUUGUCUUUCAUCCAAUAUUCUCUCUCUCAUAACUAUCCUGUUACUUUAUAUUGUAUAUGCUUUUUCAAUCGAAAAUAGUGAUAACUUAUCUCCUACAACAGCAAGACAAUUUGAUUGUGUUUAUAAAACUCUAAGAAGAGAUUACGGGAUUGAGUCUUCUUUAGAUGAAGAAGGAGAUAGUGCAGGGGAUGAUAAUAUUUGGGCAAGGAACCUUACUAUUAUCACUUAUUGGAGAAAACAGAACUUCACUACAUUCAAAUUAGAUCGUCAAACUGAAAUUAUUGAGCGGUGGGCGUUUACAUCGUUUGCACAUACGCAUGGAAACACUACUACUGGUCAAGCUAUGGAGUUUUGCUCGAGAGAUCCUGUGGAGGGUUUCGGAAUUAUCUUUGUUCAGCUGGUCGCGAGAGCGUUCAAUUGUGUAUUUCAACAAGUUUUCAAAAGCUGCGGCAGUAGCGCCAAUACCAUAACAGCCUAAGCUAUUGCUACAACAAUUAUAUUUAUUCAUAUGUUGCUUAACCAGAACAAGAAUAGAGAAGAAAU